AUUACAUAGUAUGUAUUCACUAAAUAAAUUAGGGCUGUUUUCAUGUAAAAUGUAGGGAGCUCUGAGAGGAGGUAAAAUGUGUAAACUGGUGUUUUUAAGGAAGGUGCAAUGCCGUAAGUAAAAUUAUACUUCCUACUAACUUCACACUAAAAUAUCUUUGUGAAGGAUGUACUGUAGUAAAUUGCUUUAUUGUUAGAAUCCUUUCUUGUUAGGGGUAAGAGGAGAACAGAUGUUUGUAGCAACUUUUAUGGUUCCAAAACAAAAAAAAGACCAAAAACCCAAAACACUGUGGCAAGGUCUGCAUUUACUGCCAGUAAAUGCCUCUUCUUGGCACUUCCCUGAUGUGAUAUACUUACAGAGAAUUACCUUAAUCCGGUGCUGUGCUAGCUGCAGCCUGUACUUUCUUAGAAGGUCAGUGGUGGUGCUUUGUUGGUUUGGGGGUUUGGUAGGGUUUUUUUAACUGGAAAAUUCUCUUCACCUGCUUCACAGCAGAUCCUGUCAUGAUUCUGUUAGCUUACCAAAAUACGGAAAGUUUAAACGUUUCAGCAUCCACAGGGUGGCAGUACUCUGAGUUCUGCAGGAGCAAAACCGAAGCCAGUUUGUCCAAUGCCUUUCUUCCCAAAAGUUGCAGUUUGAGGUAAUGUAAUUAAUUACAUUGUCGGGGAAAGGGGAGUUGUUUGGGAGGCUUGGGAUACAAACAAGAAGUAACUUAAAGAUUUACUUUAGGAAUACUGAUCAGAUUACUAAGUCUUCAAAAAGUAAGAAGGCAGAGUUACUUACAGGUACAACCUUGCAUUGCUGCAAUGGAAGUCACAGACCAAUUUUCUGCCUACAUGUGAAGAUGGAUAAAUUUCAGCCUCUGACUUUACUGAGCAGUGGAAUGAGGUCAUCAACAGAAGCAACUCGGAUGUUUCCCUUUUAACAUGAAAGCUGUGACAUCGAGUGUAUGUCUCAAGCUGUUCAGUAGCAGAACACUGCUCUAUGAUAUUUAGAUUGUCUGUAACCACGCAGAUGGUAACUCUUUGGUCACUGUGCUUCAAUUCUAAUAAAAAUAACUGAAGACACUGAGGUGAGGUUGUAUGUUAAUCUACUCUUGGAGUAUUUUGAGGUAGAAAAUUAGCUUUUCAGCUGAACUUAGGGUAGCAGAAAAAGACCUUUAAAAUACUAAUAGGACAAAAGUUAAUCCAUAAUACAGGCUAUUCCAGGUAGGAUUUUUAUUCCAAGGAGCAGCAUUGUUGGACCAAAUUGGAAUUUUAGGAUCAUAGGGUUGGACUAGCUGAUUUAACUAGGAGCCAGUAGGUCUAUGGAGAGAAUAGUAUGCUGAAUCGAAAGGGAUAGCUUGAGAGAAGUUGACCCUCUUUCUUUCUCUCCCCACUACUGGAAGUGGAAUAGCCCCUGGUUGUGUGAGGCCUUUCAGCAUAGGAGAGCCAUUUGCUGGAUGCAUGGAGCCUCGAACAGAGACAUACCUUUCAUCUUCACAGAAUGGUAUCUUCUGGCAGAUCACAAGCAUUCCCAUAGUUGGCAGAUCCCCCCGCAGCAGCCGUCAGAAGCUCUCAUGUCUCUUGCUCUCCAGCUUCAGGGUGAAUUUCUCCUCAAGCGCCGAAGAACAACCCGUUUGGCAGGACCGCGCGAAAGAGGAGGAAAGAAAGCGCGGCCGCUCUGGACCGAGCCGCUUCCACUUUAAUUCCACUCAUGCCUCGCAUUUCAUUACCGACGAUGACGGCGACCAGGACAUGCAUCACUUUGAGGAAGAAUUAACGUGUUCCAUUUGCUAUAGCAUAUUUGAAGAUCCACGCGUUCUGCCCUGUUCCCACACGUUUUGUAGGAACUGUCUGGAAGGCGUUAUUCAGCUGUCAAGCAACUUUUCCAUUUGGAGACCCCUGAGAGUUCCUCUGAAGUGUCCUAACUGUAGGAGUAUUGUUGAAAUUCCUGCUGCUGGCACUGAAUCGUUGCCUAUCAACUUUGCAUUGAAAGCUAUUAUUGAGAAAUACCAACAGGAAGAUCACUCCGAUGUUGCAACCUGCAGUGAACACUAUAGGCAACCGCUGAACGUUUACUGUCUUUUGGAUAGAAAAUUGGUGUGUGGCCAUUGCCUUACAAUAGGAAAACACAACGGUCAUCCAAUAGAUGAUCUUCAUAGUGCCUACAUAAAAGAAAAGCAGACUUCUGGAAAACUUCUCGAGCAGCUAACCGAUAAAUACUGGACUGAUGUAUGUUUGCUUAUUGAAAAGCUGAAGGAACAGAAGUUCCAGUGUGAAAGCAUUGUUCAGGACGAUAAAAAAGUAGUAGUGCAGUAUUUUAAGAAACUUAGCGAUACCUUGGAGCACAAAAAACAAGCUCUGCUGACCGCACUAGAUGAAAUUAACACACACAUUUUGGAAGAAUAUGAGCCUCUCAUUGAGAAGUUGAAAAAAAUAAGGGAAGAACAGCUUGAAUUAAUGUCACUGAAUACAUCUAUUCAAAAAGAAGAGUCACCGCUUAUUUUUCUUGAGAAGGUGGAUGAUAUGCAUCAGCGUAUAAAAGCUUUGAAACAGAAGCAACUACCAGAUGUUAAACCUGUGGAGAUUUAUCCGCGGAUUGGGCACCUGUUGAAAGAUGUGUGGUCUAAAACUGAAAUUGGUCAGAUCAACAAGAUCCUCACUCCAAAAAUAAAACUGAUUCCAAAAAGGAAGUUACGCAGCAAAGGCAGCGGAAAGGAAGGAAGAGAAUCUAAAGAACUCCUCCAGGCUGUAAAUCCUUUAGCAGUCCUGCUUCUUUCUAUAGUAAUAGUGGUAACUGCGUUUUCAUUUCACAAACCGGUGUUGUCAGUUGUAAUCGAAGCUGCUCCUGCUUAUAUCUCGGAAUUCUUGCUGCAUAUUUAUCAAGAUUUCUGCACCCAUUUGCAGAAUAUAGUGAAUGUGCUGUGCCAUACAUCUAAUUUACUGAUGGAGUUUUUAGGAAGAAUUGUUUCUCUUUGACAUUUUCAAUGAUUAGAUUAAACGUUAGUAUAGGAAUCCACAGGAUUUUUUUUUUUUUAAUUUCUACUUAAAAGCUGGAUUGUUAAAGCUCUACACUUUUCCUUUCUAUUUCUAUAUCCUUCCUUUUUCUGAGUUGCAUAGAUUCCCUCUUCGCUAACUCUUAGUUAACUGAGAAGAUUUGUGACAAAAAAGGCUUCCUCUUCUGCUCACACAAUACGGUAGGUUGGUAGGUGUUUGUUUAAACUGGCAGCUAGUCAGAAACAACGUCUGCCUAAGCAAGCUGUAAUCAGCUUAUAAAUUGUCAUCUGGACUCCUGGUUGUAAAAACUCCUUAAGCAUCUACUAUUGGGGUUGGUUUUUUUAAUAACAUAAUUUUAAAUUGUUUGGUUUUUUUUUUUUUUUAAUAAAAUCACUACAACAUUGAAGGUUAAAAAACACCUCGGGCUGCAAACUGGCUAGUCCUGGAUGGGUCAGUCACUAGCUCUGGUGUGUGUAAAACUCCUAUUUCGUGUUGUACUGACCUCUCUGAAUGUGUUUUAACUGGUAACACCCGUGGUCUUUAAAGCAUACAUUUGUGGCCCUGGGUUUCAUUUUGUUUGUUCCUGGUUACUAGUGGAUAGCAUGAUAUAAUCUUUUUUUUAUUUUAUUUUAUUUUUUAACCUGUUUAUAAUAACUUUGUGUCUUUCAAAUGGUUCUCUCCACUUUACAGAGCGGUAUCGGUAGGAGUUGUGGUGAGGUACUGCGCACAGGCUUUUAGUGCCAGCUGCGCACAAACCAGGUGUUUGUUUAGUCUGGCAGGGAGCUCUCACUGCUUACUAAAAUGACCCCUGAGUUUUUGCUAAAUCAUUUAACAUGUAGUGAAAAUAGAUACAUACUGUAGUAAGUAGCAAAACUCCCACUGAAGUCAGUGGUAUAAGGAUUUCAAAUGUUGUCAAGAGCUCUUAAGACAACUUGACAACACAUGUAAAUUUAUAUUCAACUUUUCAGCACAAAUAACAGAGAUCUCUACCUUGACAUUGAGGAAACACGAUAGCAUUUUAUUCUGCAGUCAGAUGAUCACAAAUGCUGUUCGCUGCUUCUGAUGAGAUGCGACAUCCCCUUUGAAAAGCCCUUUUUGGCCUUCGGUUAUCAACAGGCCGAGUGCAUAGGAUUGGCUAAUGCCUUGAUUUCCUUACUGCACAGGCCCUUCCCUCUGAUUCUUAAACAGCGCUGGCAGAUGGGGCAGAACUGGUCAGAGGAGAGGGAGCGGUGAGUCUUGCUGAGGCAGGAUGGUGGUGGCUGUUCAGCAAUGCUCUAGCUACUGCAUUUUCUUUCAAGUGCCUGUUUUUGGUUUGGUUUGGAUUUUUUUUUUUUGCAGCAUGACCUAUAGGAAGAUUCUCUGACAGGGCAUGUCACGAGGUAGGGUGGUGUGGAUUUUGUGGUCUUUCACGUUGCCCACCACAGGCCUGUUUUACUGAUUUUUCUGAUGGCGAGUAGUGGUGUUUGACUGUUGCUGAGCUGUGGUUUCUGAAAACUGCCCAAAUGUAACAUGAAGAUCUCUUCCUGACAAGUAAUAAUUUAGGCAGUGCACAUACAUACCACUUUAUUCCAUGUACCUUAAUUUUCACUUGUCAAUAUUUAAUAUAAUCUUAAUGUUGAACAUUGCAGUGAAAGCAUCUCUCCCCACUUUAUAGCAAAUAAUUACAGCACAGCUCCUGUCUGUGUUCCAGAUCAGCUCCAUGUUGAUGAUUGUGCCUUUUUAGGAUGCUUGGUAUGAAAAGAGCAAGACAUGGAAAUACAAACAAGGACUAAGUGUAUAACAAGCUGGCAGUCAAGGGCUGUUCUCUCAGCUUUUCUGCUGCUGGCUGCCUUACUGAACAGCAGCACGGCAGUGACAGAGCUUUUUUUCCUCCAGGAAGCACACCACCAAGAGACAGAGGCACAUCUAGCCUGGGGAUCAGUACAAGUGUGCCAGCCAGCAGCCUGACUUUUGGAGUAAAACCACACACUUUCA